AUGGUUAGCAAAGAAGGGGACAAAUGUGUGCUGACAUCCUCUGAAAGUGAAGUUGAACCAGCUGUUUCACUUGCCUUAGAGAUGAAAUAUGCAUUGGAUCCCAACAGGCAAGUUAAAAAGAGAAAUAAAGCCCUCCAAGUGAGAUUUAAAGAUAUUUGUGAAGCGCAAAAUGAGCAACGGGAUAAACUGCUUUCUACGGUGCCACAAACGGAGAAAAAAGAUGCAAAAUCUCUUUCUUAUAAAGCUUAUCGGAAAUACAUGACAGUGCCUGCUCGAAGGUCUAUACCUAACGUAACAAAGAGCACAGGAGUUCAAACUUCACCUGACCUGAAAAAACGUUACCAGACUUUUCCACUGGACCGCAAAAAAGGGAAUAUUUUAAAAAGUGCCGCUGGAGUGGAUACAUUAAAAAACCACAACAAUGGAUUUCUAAUAGAUAUGAAGGAUAAAAAAGACCAUAGCAACUCAGGAGAGGCUAUUCAAUGCAGCAGGGUUAAUGAUCAAGUGGUAGCUGAAUUGACGAUACAUUCUAGCGAAAACAUGGAUAUCGUUCAUCAGCAUCAUUCAAGCAACUGCUCCGAUUUACGAAAAAGCACUGAUUUGCACAGCUGUACUAAAGAGUCUCCUUUUCUUGAAAAUCCAGCAAACACUACUUCAGAACAGGUCAUUUGCCAUUUGCAUGAAAUAUCAAAACAUGAAAAAGGGCCAUUAGGGAACGUGCAUAUCCAUCAGCCAGCACAUGUAAAAGUGCUUUUGAAAGAGGAAGCCACAAUUCAUUCACCUACACUCAACCCAAAUCUGACAGACCCUGAUGAAAAUUUGGAAAAUGAUAUUGAACGAACAGUAUGUCCAGUGACAGAGGACAACCAUAAAAGAAUUGCACAUCUUAAUGGCAUACAAAGUCAAGAUGUAAAUACAAAAUCCUGUGCGACACAGUCACACUGUCAAUCUAUGGAAUGUAAUGAACAGAACCUUCAAAUAAACGUCUUACCUAUGGAAAAAAACAAGCCUUGUCAAACAACAGAUGCUUUGAGUGAUGAAUGCCAACAAAUUGUGCCUCACACAGAAGUGAUAGACUUAAAAGCACAGCUCCAAACCAUGGAAAACUUGAUAAGUUCUAGCCAGGAAACAAUUAAAGUGCUUUUAGGUGUCAUUCAGGAAUUGGAGAAAGGGGAAGCUCACAGGGAAGGGCUCUCUUAUCGGACUGGUCAAGAUACAUCAAACUGUGACACAUGCAGGAAUAGUGCAUGUAUUAUCUAUAGUGUUGAAUUAGAUUUUAAACAGCAAGAAGACAAACUACAACCAGUCUUGAAAAAACUACAUCCCAUUGAGGAAACUCAGGUUGCACCUUUGCCUUACCCUGCAGAGAGUUCUACAUCAACUCCCAAGCAAAAAUCCAAAACAGAAUCAAAAAAGCAUGGAAGAUGGAAACUCUGGUUUCUUUAGUUAAUUCUAAUGGGAAUUGAGCCUCAGGCCUCAAUAGGCACAUCUGAAUUUCAACAAAGAGAUAUUGGUAACAAAUCACG